AGGCUGCAGGAAGAGAACAAAAGAUGCCACACAGAUUCAAAACCCAGCUUUAGGUAAAGCAGGUGCCAGCAUCCCAGGUGACAAGAGCUGAGAUCUUUGAGCAAGCCAGAUGGAGAGCUGAUAUCUUUGAGCAAGCCAAAAGAAGGCAUCACAUCAGAACUGAAAUACAGCAGCCAUGGGCGAGUGGGGAUUCUUGAGUUCCUUGCUAGAUGCAGUGCAGGAGCACUCACCCAUGGUCGGACGCUUCUGGCUGGUGGUGAUGCUCAUCUUCCGUAUCCUCAUUCUAGCCACAGUGGGCAGUGAUGUCUUUGAUGAUGAGCAGGAGGAGUUUGAGUGCAACACUAAGCAGGUGGGAUGCAAACAGAUUUGUUACGACUUGGCAUUCCCUAUUUCCCAUUACCGCUUCUGGGUUUUCCACAUUGUGGUGCUCUCGGCCCCAGCUGUUAUGUUUGUCAUCUAUUCUAUGCACCAGACCACCAAGAUCAACCGUGGCUUAAAGGAAAUUGAAGGAAAUCAGGAGGAAGCCAAUCAGGCAGGGAGGAAAGUUCAGGAACAAUUUGAACUCCAGCCUAGUCAACGAACCCGAAAUAUUCAAACUUUCUACAUAGUCAAUGUCAUAGUAAGAAUUUUGGCUGAGAUGGGCUUUCUGGUAGGGCAGUGGAUGUUGUAUGGCUUCCAAGUAGGAUAUCAAUAUAUCUGCGAGCAUCGUAUGUGUCCUCAUCGCAUUGAUUGCUUUGUAUCUCGGCCAACCGAGAAGACCAUCUUCAUUCAGUUCUAUUUCAUGGUGGGGCUUGUUUCAGCUUUUCUCAGCCUGGCGGAGCUGGCUCAUCUUUUGCUCAAGAAGCGUUGCCGGAGACGUCAUGUGAUCGCUCCUCCUGCUACUGCAUCUUAUGAACAGCAGGACAAUUGGUCCAAUCAGAAACAAGAGAAAUCACAGCACUUUCUAGCUCCACCUGAUGGAGGUACCAAAGGGACAUCAUCUCAUGAUGGGAUUCCUAACCAUUAUGAAUCUAAGGCUCAUUUUCAUCAUAAGAACUCUACCAAGAGCAGCCGAUCUUCCCGCUCUUCUGCCAGAGGUGACUUAACAGUAUAAGAGCAGAGAAUACUUCCUUGUCUCUUUGAUUUGUUCCCUGGAUGAGCUGGAUUCUUCCAGGGCCAGGAAUAUGAAUGGACAUCUAUUUUCAGCUAAAGUUGAAUAUAACUUAGAUCAAAAAUGCAACAUUCUGCACUAUAGGACUUGGUCAUAAUUGUGACAAUUCAUUAUUUACUUUCACAUAUUAAGGCUAGGUUGAUAUGUCUAAAAAUGCUUAAAUUUACUACAAUGUAAAAUAGAUUGAUAAGGCUGCUAAUAUGUUAGAAUAGGGGGAGUAAAGGAGUGAGAUGACUUUCCAGUAUUCUGGGAUUUUCCUAAUAAUUGAGCAAGUCCCAUUUGAAUUAGCAAAAGCUGGAAUUUAUCUGGCUAUAGAAGAAUAUGAGUAUCAAUGAAAAAACAAGCAAGGACACUUUUGCUUUUUAAACAAAAAAAUGCCAGGGCAGAGAAAAUUCAGGCUUUUAAUUGGCUGGUCAAUGGAUGUCAGGAGUCCUCCUAGUCAGAGGACUAUAAAUCAGUAAAUGGGUAUAAACCAGGGGUGUCAAACUCAAGGGCCGUGGGUCAGAAACGGCCCACGGGGUGCUUAAAUCUGGCCCAUGGGGCUAGCCUGGAAAUAGCAAAGGAUCAGCCCACGGUGCCUCCGGCAGCAUCCCCCCAUACCCCGUUUUGGCCGGCAGGAUGCUGCAGGAGGCAUCCGUCCCGUCUCCCCCACACACUGGCCUGCAGAGGAGAACUACAAUACUGAUCUGGCCCUUGAAGAAAUCCAGAUUGACACUCCUGGUAUAAACUAUUGUUCAAAAGCAAGACUAUCUGGCUUCUACUGAGAUAUCCACUACUGCUUAAUGUGCAAAAGAAAACUGGGGUAGAUUUGGACAUGGAUGUUCUCUCAAUGUAGUAUAUCCUCCAGAGAAACAAAAACUGUCCAUUGGCAUCGAGAGAUCUUUGCUGAAGAAUUUAAAUUUUUUAAAAAAAUUAAAUGUGUGGUUCAAAUUAAAAAGCAAUAAUCAUGGGGAAAGGGGUCUAAUAUGUUGCAGAAUAAAGUUUCACUUUAAUAUCUCAAUUUACCAGGGUGACUUUGAAUCCCACCUAAGACCUAUGGACUUUCU